AUGGAUGACGUGAAGAAGGCUUAUGUCUGGCUCCGUGACGCGCUAAACCCACUUUAUCUCAGCCGCUUCGGGUCAGCUGAGAAGCGGGAGCUCACGGUCGUCGAGAUGCUGAAGCGGAGCAAGGUGUCCAUGAAUGUGCUCGGAUAUGUCAGCUGUGGCCCGCUGCAGUCGAAGGCACGGAUUCUCAUCACAGGCUCCGUCGCCGACGCAGAGGCUCUUGCGACGUGCGAAGUCUUCCAAAUCCUGGUGCAGCGACAUCUGCGUACAGAAUGUGCUCUCGUUCGAUCGGAGAAGGAAAUGGUGGCCUACAGGCCAUGGGCCUACUACUUCGUCGUCCUCUUCUCCAGGGGGAUGCUACGGGACCCGCACUUUGCACAGAUCUUGCUUGCGACGGGUGCCGGGGCAGAAGAGGCCGAGGACGCCACGGCAAGGCAUCUCGAGAUCGUGACGGUGUCCGCUGACGCAGGUUUCGAGUUCCCCAGCGCCGAGUUCUACAACGAGUUGGCAGUCAAUGGCCUGGGUCAG